UGUGCAUGUAUGACUUUCGUUAUUUUCUCGUCAUUAUAUAUUCGAGUUUUCAAGUCAGAGUAUAUUCAGUGUAUAAGUGAGUGUAUCCAAUCGGAGUUCGGAGUGUUUACCAGUUGAUAUCGGGAGAUUCGAGAGAGUUAAGCAAAAAAAAAGAGAGAAACAACGAUUCAAACCUGUUUUUUUAUAGAUAUACACUGUGAAGAGGGAUUUACAAUUCUGCCUUUUCAUUCUACGAGCAACCGGCUCUUGGGAUACGCUGUUUUAUAUUUAGCUAUACACGAUUGUUUUGUUUUGUAAUUUUAAUAAUUGCCAUAUCGGUAAAGAUGUAUGAUCUACGAUUUGAUGGACGUGUUGUUAUUGUUACCGGUGCUGGAGCAGGUUUGGGAAGGGCAUAUGCACUUUUAUUUGGUUCUAGAGGAGCAAGCGUUGUAGUAAAUGACUUGGGAACUGGUAGGCAUGGAGAUGGCAGUGCCACUAAAGUAGCAGAUUUAGUUGUAGGCGAAAUUCGCAGAACAGGUGGUAAAGCUAUAGCAAAUUAUGAUAAUGUUUUGGAUGGUGACAGAAUUGUUAAGACUGCUAUUGAUACCUUUGGACAAAUAGAUAUUGUAAUCAAUAAUGCUGGUAUUUUAAGAGAUAAAUCUUUUUUAAAGAUGUCAGAUGCUGAUUGGGAUAUCAUUCAUGAUGUUCACUUGAAAGGAGCUAUGAAAGUAACCAAAGCAGCAUGGCCUUAUUUGCGCAAACAGAAUUUUGGUAGAAUUAUAAUGACUUCCAGUAAUAGUGGGUUGUAUGGUAACUUUGGUCAACCAAAUUACAGCGCUGCUAAAGCAGGACUUGUUGGACUUAUGAAUACCCUAGCUAUUGAGGGUAGAAAAAAUAACAUUCAUACUAAUGUGAUUGUUCCAACUGCUGCUUCUAGAUUGACAGAAGAUGUUAUUCCACCUGAUUUCUUCGAACAAUUGAAACCAGAAUUGAUAGCUCCAGUUGUGAUGUGGUUAUGCCAUGAUGAUUGUCAAGAAAAUGGUUCAAUCAUUGAAUCAGCAGUUGGUUGGGCUGGUAAAUGUCGACUUCUAAGAUCAAAUGGUACACUAUUGAGGAAGAAUUUGAAUGACACAGUGACACCAGAAGCUGUGCGUGACAACUGGUCUGCAGUAAUUGAUAUGAAUGGUGCAAAGAGUUUUGAUACAAUUACAGAGGUAACUGGUGAAUUGAUGACUGCACUGGAACAAUUACGAACUGGUGCUUCAUCUUCUAAUAAAGAAACUGUUUUUCAAACCAAUUAUCAAUUCCGCGAUUCUAUCCUUUAUGCUCUUGGAGUUGGUGCAACAAGACAAGAACCUAAAGAUAUUUGUUACUUAUAUGAAAAUCACGAAAACUUUGCUUUGGUACCAACAUUUUAUGUAACGUUUGGUCCAGCAGUUUGCAUGAGUUCUAGUAUUAUACAAGAUGCAGUACCUGAAAUACAAUUAGAUCCUACUAGACUUCUACAUGGUGAACAAUAUUUGGAAGUUCAUAAACAACUACCUGUGGAAGGUAAAGUUGAAAGUCACUUCAAGGUAACUGAUGUUUUAGAUAAGGAAAAAGGAGCUGUAAUACUUAUCUAUUAUGAAACUUAUGAUGUAGCAACUGGAGAUAAGCUUACAACUUGCCAAAUGUCUGCUUACGCGGUAGGAGCAGGUGGAUUUGGAGGUCCACGUAAUUCUUCAAAUGUCAUUCCUUGCAUUGAACCUCCAAACCGGAAGCCAUGUGUAUCUGUUACACAAAAAACAAGUGUUGACCAAGCUGCUCUAUACAGGUUGAGUGGGGACUAUAAUCCACUUCACAUAGACGAUGGAAUCGCAUCUAUGGCAGGGUAUUCAGAACCAAUUUUGCAUGGAUUAUGUUCUCUUGGAUUUUCAGCAAGACAUGUUUUGCAAGCCUUUGCCGAUGGAAAUCCUCAUGCUUUGAAAACACUCAAGGUUCGAUUCGCCAAGCCAGUGUUACCCGGACAAACCCUUCGUACUGAUAUGUGGCGUAACGGCAACAGAAUUCACUUCCAGACGACAAUUGUUGAAGAUAACUCGAAAGUUCUCACUGGUGCUUACAUGGAUUUGACCGAAGUUAAAACUACGCCGUCCAUUAUGUCGAACUUGUGCUCUGCCAAAAAUGUUGAUAGCGACGCAGUUUUCGCUCAAAUCAACGAUUACGUCAAAGAUCAUCCAGACCAAGUAAAAAAAAUCAAUGGAGUAUUUCAUUUUAUUAUCACGGUCAAAGGGCAACCCGAAGUUGACUGGGUAUUGGACUUGAAAAAAGCUACAGUUUACAAAGGUAAACCAGAAGGAAAGGUUGACACUACAUUGACCAUUGAUGACAAAGAUAUGAUUCAAAUGGCUCUUGGAAAAUUGAACCCACAAAUGGCAUUUAUGAAGGGUAAACUAAAGGUCAAGGGAAAUAUUAUGUUGACUCAGAAAAUAAGAACUCUGCUUGAAGCCAACAGACCAAAGUUGUAAUCGUACUUUUAAUUAUUUAACAGAGCACGGGAACACGCCAUGACUUAAUAAAAGUCACAACUUUCUUUUUUUUUAUGUUGUAUGUUUAAGUUUGUUAUUUUAUUUACCACUUUUAAUCAUUCCUUGGCACCAAAUUAUGUAGUUAGAGGAUUGGGAAAAAGAAAUUAGGGUUUUGAAUGUUAUAAAACUUUUUAUAUGGAAAUAAAAUGGAGCUAUUUGUUUACAAUUCUGAUCAUGCAACUUAUUUUACUAUUA